AUGAAAUACUCGGUGGAUGUGUUAGGGAAGUUAUAUGUGGAUGAGAUAGUGAGACUUCAUGGAACUCCUGUGUAUAUUGUUUCUGAUCGAAAUGCAUGUUUCACUUCGAAGUUCUGGGGUAGUUUACAGAAGGCUUUGGGAAGUUGGGAGGAUCAUCUGAGAUUGAUUGAGUUUGCCUACAACAAUAGUUAUCAUACUAGCAUCGACAUGCCACAUUAUGAGGCUCUUUACGGUAGACUAUGUAGAUCACCUAUCUAUUGGGUCGAAGUUGGUGAUGAAGCACUAAUAGGUCCUGAGUUAGCUCCGAGGUAUGUUGGGCCUUUCGAGAUUCUUGAGAAUGUAGGUGAUUAUUGGCUAGCUUUACCUAUGAGCAUGUUUGGUGUUCACAACGUCUUUCAUAUUUCCAUGUUGAUGAUGUAUGUACCAGAUGAGUCACAUAUGAUUGAUGACAGCUCCAUUGAGGUGAGGAAAAAUGUCACUUUUGUUAUCGAGCUAGUUCGUAUUUUAGAUAGGUCGACAAAGAAGCUUCGUAGGAAAGAGGUGGAGCUCGUUAAAGUUUUGUGGAGGCACCAUGAUGAGAGUGAUUCCUCUUGGGAGUUAGAGUCGGAUAUGAGGACAAGAUAUCCGUAG